ACCUCCGGUCCCGCCCCUCCCUUCCGCCGGCAUGGCGGCGCCCGCCCGCGCCUGGCUCGUGUUCGGGUUCAGCCCCGAGGAGGCGGCCGGGGAGCCGGGACCGGGCCCAGUGCCGCGGCGGCUGGAGGCGGGUCCCGAGGGGAUCCUCCGCGUGUGGCCCGCGUGGAGCUACGUGGUCGUGGAGACCGGCGCGGGGCUGGAGGUGCGGAGCGCGGGGCUGCGGCGGCGGCUGCCGGGCUGGGCCGAGGCUCUGCCGUCCGAGACGCACCUCGUGCUGCGGGGCCCGGCCGAGGCCCGCGCCUGGCGGCGGGAGGCGGCGGUGACGGGCGCGCUGCAGGACGAGCCCGCCUGGAGCCGGGCGCUGCCGCCGGAGCCCCACCAGCCGCUGCCGCUGCUGCCCGGCGGCUUCGCCACGCCGCGGCCGCCCUUCUUCACCGCGCUGCCGGCCGGACUGCGCGCCCGGCGGCUCGCCCUGGGCACGGAGCACGCCCUGGUGCUGGGCGCCGCCGGCGAGGUCUUCACCUGGGGCGGCGGCAGGCAUGGGCAGCUCGGCCACGGGACGCUGGAGUCGGAGCCGCAGCCACGGCUGGUGGAGGCGCUGGCCGGGGUGCCCAUGUGGGCAGUGGCAGCUGGCGGGUGGCAUUCGGCCAGCGUUAGUGAGGCAGGAGACCUGUACAUGUGGGGCUGGAACGAGUCAGGGCAGCUGGCUCUGCCCUCCAAGGCACUGGUAGAGGAGCGGGCUCAGGAUGAUGUGCACACAGGAAAUGCCAAGCUGGUGCCCCGCCAGGAGCAGUCGGCUGCCAAAGACACCCCAUUCAUCUCCAUCCAGGCAUUCCCAGCGCUGCUGGAUCUGCCACAGGACCUGGAGGUCAGUGGGGUCAGCUGUGGGUCCCGACACACAGCUGUUGUCACACGAGGUGGAGAGCUCUACACCUGGGGCUGGGGUAAAUACGGACAGCUGGGACACGGGGACACUGCCAGCUCUGACCAGGCACGUCGGGUCGAGCACCUGGUGGCCGAGGGGCUGCGGGCGGAGGAGGUGGUGUGCGGGCCUUGGACCACCUAUGUCCGCGUGUUGGAGCCAUGAGGCCCUGGAGCCCCCCCAGCCAUGGCUGCUGCCAGGAGGAGGAUGAGGGCGAGCUUUGCUCUACAGGACCAGCCCCAAGACCAGUCAGGACAUGGAUUGAGGCUGCAGGCCCUGAGGGUGGCUCCUGCUUGGCUCAGACUCCCAGAGCUGCACCUGAGAUUUUGGGGUGUUGAGUUUGCCCCCCCCCCAUCCCCCUCCUUCCCCCCAUUUCUUCUCCUCCUCACCACAGGCACCACCCCAACAGACUUGGACUUGUGGACUGUACAGGGACUUUAUUCACAACAUCUGGAAAAAUCUUUUAAAUAAAAGCAAAUUUCUCAAGGGGGGAGCUGGAGGUGGGUUAUCCUGGAGUGGGUGACGCUGCCGGGUG